CGUCUCUACGGGGAAAGGUCAGCACAGAGAGAGGACCUGGGGCUUCGUUUGGAGGGGACCGGGCAGUUGGGAGGCAGGGGCUGGCCGAGGGGAUCCUAUUCGCAGCGAGGGGGCUCCGGGUCCCGCCUCCCUCAGCUCCUCAAGCACCAACUUGCGACCCCUCCUCGGCCCUGGGCCAGGCCCAAUACCUCCUCCCACCUCUGCAAGCCCCCAAGCGGGCUGGGCAGUUGCAGCCCGCCCCCAUGCCGAGAUGCCGCUUCUGAUUGGUAGUCUAACUAGGGCAGGUCAGUCCGCAGCUGCGAUUGGCGGAGGUGCCCGUCGGUCGGCGCGCGGCUCCGCCCCCCGGGGAGAGACUUAAAGGGCCGGUUUGCUCAGCAGCAGCGGCGGUGGGAUGCCCCCUCCUUGACCACCAUUCCAGACCCGCGCCGUCCCGCGUAGACGCGCUAGACGCGCCCGGCCCGACCCCGCGCCAACAUGUAAACGGCUCCUGCAGGCAGACGCUGGCUUCUCCGCCCGGGACCCUCCGCCCCGCCCCGGGCCCGGAGCCCUCGAUGAGGACACACCAUGCUGACCGGGGUGACCGAUGGGAUCUUCUGCUGCCUACUGGGUGCACCACCCAAUGCAGUGGGGCCACUGGAGAGCGUUGAGUCCAGCGAUGGCUACACCUUCGUGGAGGUCAAGCCUGGCCGCGUGCUGCGGGUGAAGCACGCUGGACCUGCCCCAGCUCCAACCCCACCUCCACCGCUACCUGAUACAGCCCAGGGGGACCGGUCCGGCUUGGUCCGGUGCCAGCGCCGAAUCACCGUGUACCGUAACGGGAGGUUACUGGUGGAGAACCUGGGCCGGGCACCAAGAGCUGACCUCCUGCUUGGGCAGAAUGGCUCCGGGGAGCCUCCGGCCUCUCUAGAGGUGGAGCUGGCAGACCCGUCAGGCAGCCCCAAGAGGACCAUCCACAUUGACUGUGAGAAGCGGAUCACCAGCUGCAAGGGCACACAGGCCGAUGUGGUGCUCUUUUUCAUCCAUGGUGUUGGCGGCUCCCUGGCCAUCUGGAAGGAGCAGCUGGACUUCUUUGUGCGCCUGGGCUAUGAGGUGGUGGCUCCGGAUCUGGCCGGUCAUGGGGCCAGCUCGGCGCCCCAGGUGGCUGCAGCCUAUACCUUCUAUGCGCUGGCAGAGGACAUGCGUGCCAUCUUCAAGCGCUAUGCCAAGAAGCGAAAUGUGCUCAUUGGGCAUNCCUACCCACUGGGCAGUGUCUCUUUCUGUACGUUCCUGGCGCAUGAGUACCCAGACCUGGUGCAUAAGGUCAUCAUGAUCAACGGCGGGGGCCCCACGGCACUGGAGCCCAGCUUCUGCUCCAUCUUCAACAUGCCCACGUGUGUCCUGCACUGCCUGUCACCCUGCCUGGCUUGGAGCUUCCUCAAGGCCGGCUUCGCCCGCCAAGGGGCCAAAGAGAAGCAGCUACUGAAGGAGGGCAAUGCAUUCAACGUGUCGUCCUUCGUGCUGCGAGCCAUGAUGAGUGGCCAGUACUGGCCCGAGGGCGACGAGGUCUAUCAUGCGGAGCUCACUGUGCCGGUCCUGCUCGUCCAUGGCAUGCAUGACAAGUUUGUUCCGGUGGAAGAAGACCAGCGCAUGGCUGAGAUCCUGCUUCUGGCCUUCCUGAAGCUCAUCGAUGAAGGCAGCCACAUGGUGAUGCUGGAGUGUCCAGAGACGGUCAACACGUUGCUCCAUGAAUUUCUGCUCUGGGAGCCCGAGCCCCCGCCUAGUGCCCUGACUGUGCCUCCUGAGAAGAAGUAGCUGCUGGGCCAGCAGGGCCUUGAGGAAGAGCAGGAGCCUGCGCUGCUGGGUCUGCAGCCAGGAUAUCUGGGCAGGCCGUUAGCUCUGGUGGACGGGGUCAGCCUGGGGAGACGCCCCUCGGCUGGCUGGCUGGGCGUGGCAUUCCAGGGAGCCGGGUGGACACUCAGGCUCCGCUUGCAUCCUGUGGGGCCCAACCAACCUGGGGCCCAUCCUGCCCGUAGCAGGGACUCUCUCAGAGGACGACCUUGUACAGAAGCCCCCUGCCCAUCAAAGCCAAGGCCAUAGUCAUGGUUGAGGCGACACCCACCCCAUUGUCUUACAUGUUAGCCAUGCUUAAUCCAGAGACCCUGGGGGGGGGGGCGCCCCAUUACCCAAGACCCUCCACUCCCAUUUCCUGGCGUUGGUAGCUUUUGUCGUCUAAGGGGGCAGGGAUGGGGGGACUGGCACCACAGAAUCUGCACAUCUCAACCUGUAACUCAAUAAAAAGAAGUGACAAUCCAA